AUGUUCGAAAAGCUCAUUCGGGACACAAUUCUGAAACAUUUAGUUUCAAAUAGACUUAUAUCUGAGGAGCAAACUGGUUUUGUUCCAAACAAAUCAUGCACAACAAAUCUUAGUGAGACAAUUGACACAAUUACAUUUGAAACUGCAAAAGGUAAACCGUUAUGCGUCAUAUAUCUUGACUUCGCAAAGGCUUUUGAUAAAGUAGAACACAAAAGAUUAUUGACAAAGAUUAAAGCGUAUGGUAUAACUGGUAAAAUAUAUAACUGGAUUGAAAGUUUUCUUGCAAAUAGGAAACAAAGAGUUGCUAUUAGUAAUACUUUUGUUGUGAUACCCAUUAGUGAUACCCAUUCAGUGAUACCCAUUCAGAAUGGGUAUCAGUUACCAGUGGCGUGCCUCAGGGUUCUGUUUUGGGUACAAUGUUGUUUCUACUAUUCAUAA